AAUGUGGCUUUUCUUACAACCUACAUUUCGGUGCACAAUUAAAUAAUUUUAUUGGUGUCUGAGUUGACAAAUAGAUGCAAAAAAUCAUAUUCUUAUUUCGUCACAAGUAAAAAUUGUCCUGUCCAAAUGAUCAUCAAUUUUUGACGGCACAGAAAUUUCGAGGAAAUUAAGCAAGAUUGCUAAAAAUUGUCCGCAUAAUCGUAGAUAGUGGGGCGUCUGCGUGGUGGAGGCGCCGAGUGCGCGUCUGCUCAUCGCUGCACCGAUGGAACUCCAGCGGCAGCUCCAUUGGAGCCGUUUUUGUGCGGCGGCCGCUUGCAGAAUGUUUCUGGCAAAACAGCGCGUUAUCGAUCUGCACGGGUGAGUCUUGCGCGGCCCGACCCUCUCUCUCUCUCUCUCUCUCUCUCUCUCUCUCACACACUCUGCUUCAUCUCCAAUGCUGCCUGCACUGAUUCGCAUCCUUCCAGCAGAGACACCUCGCCGUUUCUAACGCCGCGCCAGCCGAAGGAUGCUGCAGCCCAGCCGCGGCCCUUUGGACGCACCGAUCGCCGCAAAUUAACUCACAAUGCCGUACAAAAUUACUUUCGACGUAAUCUUUUCGUCCAGUGAGGUGGACGGCUUUCGCGCGUCGGAGUUGAACAACCCGACUCCAACCACCAGUGGAUGGCGGAGCGCGCCUCACGCACCCUUCCCUCAGGAGCUGAUCCUGCUGCUGCACGCGAAAGCGGCGUUGCAGAGGGUGCAGCUGCUCGCUCAUCAGUUUUUGAUUCCAUCCAGGGUCGAGUUUUUCAUCGCCGAGUGCGGAGAGGAGCAGGCCAAGAGCGGCAACUUUUCGCAGGCGUCGUUCCAGUACCUGGGCUUCGUUACCCUCUCGGAUAAUCAGGGCACUGCCUUCCAGGCGCGAGAACUCAAGUCUGUGACGCUGCCGUGCUGCGGCCGCCUGCUCAAACUCGUGCUGCACGCCAACCACCCCAACGAUUUAAACGUCCACGAGCAGGUGAGUUUGAUGGCUUUGAGUCUCCUGGGCCAGUGGACGGAGGACAAUAACAACUCUCUGAAUGGAAACACGUGCGAAGCCGAGUCUCCGCGUCGCAACGACGAGCACGACAACGCUGCCAACAACAACACGUUGGUCAGCAAUCCGCAGUACACGUCUCCCUACGACGACCUGGCCUUCGAGAUGUACGUGGACCCUGAGGCCGCCAAGAUCAUCAGGCAGAUGGAGAAGAGAAAGCAGGAAGCCGUCAUGACAGGCGAGCGAUUCGAGUACGCAAGGAAGCUGAAACAAGCCAUGGAAGAGCUGCGUCGCGCUGGCGAGAGACUCGGCAAAUUCGAGCUGGAGAAGAGACAGGCCAUCAGCAUGGAACACUUCGGCAAGGCCAAGCUGAAGAAGGCACAAAUGGAUGACUACCGAGAGCAAGUCUACAAUUUCCUAGAGAUUCCCGUUCUGCUCGAGUUGAAUGGGUAUCAUUCAAAGAAUGAUGCGCCCGUGGACACGAGCAAGAGACGCGAGCUGCCUCCGCCGCCGAGACUGCGUCCGAAAUCGCGUGACCCGUCGCCUCACGCCGGCGACAGCCAGCACCUGAAAAACGGCAACAUUCCGAACAACAGCAGGAACGGCACCACCCAACACUCACCCCCAGGAGCGACCACGGUGGCGCUUAUCAAGAGACGGGGCGCGCGAAACACUUUUGAGGCUUACGAAGAGCGCGCCUUGCCCGCGCUCAAAAACAGUCACCAGCGUGCAGAGGAGCUGCUGCAGGACAACUACGAUCCUGAGAGGUACUACUGCCUGAGCGACAGGGAAAAGAGACAAGCGACCCUGCCCAUCUCUGUUUUUGGUACCAUUUUGGUAGAGAAAUUUUACUCGAAGCAAUUCGCUGACCGAGAAGACGGCCUGCGACUUCUCCGCGAAGAACUAACCCGUCCAGCCACAGACGCUUGCAACGGCUUUGAAAAGCACUCGGCCAACAAGACUGCCAGAGCAGCCAUUUUCCUACUGCACCGAGCCCUCAAGGACAAAGUUUACGCCGUCUACACUCUGGCAGCAGACGUUCUGCGCCUUUUUUUCGUUCAGUUCGUGCCUACAAGGCGAGUUGCAGGUGGGGAAGUUUCAAGAAGCAUCGAAAGAGUUUUGCCGGAACUUUUAUCCAAGAGCGGCGACAACACUCCUCGCAUCCAUAAUAUGGCGGUGCAGACUAUAUUGGAUAUUGCCGACUGUCCAGAUGUCAAAACUGUCAACCUUAUCCCGACCCAUUUGACGAAGCCCUUGACCAACACCACGCACCCAAGACUGGCCCUGAGCAAAAUGGAAAUGGUCGAACAGUUGAUACUGAAAAUAGGAAUUUCUAGUAAUAAGCAAAGUGGAAUGACUUGUAGGAGUUUGACUGAAUUUGGCUCGUCUGGCCUACACCAUCCUUCGGAGCCAGUGAGGAAGGUUGCUGAGCGAGUUUUAAUCUUAGUUUACCACGUGAACCCAAGGAUUGUGAGAAAAGCGCUUCCGCCUGAUGACGAGCUUACGAGGAGAAAUCUGCUCUACCGCCAUCUCUUCGCAGAAUUCGAGAGAAUUGAUAUUACGAGAAAGCAAGAAAUCAUGCUGCAAAGCCAGCGAGAGGAGGCGGAAGCCGCCGAAACGGCAUCUGCGUCUGCCGUCUCGACGAAAGCAUCGUCUACAACGCAAAAAAUGCGGAAGACGCGCAGUGCGAUGUCCCAAAUCGCGAGGUACACAGCCAACUCGACACCUUCGCCAGCGCACACCAGCUCCGGCUCGAGUUCUGCGUCGGCGCUGACCUCACCUGGCACAGAGGUCACGUCCAGGGGACAACCGUCGCCGACCGCGUCAGAGGAGAGGAAAUCUGCUUUCAGGAUGUGCAUUUUCUGCAAAAAGAGAGACGCCUCGUUCACUGAGCAGGGCCUCAACGUCCACUACUGGAAGUCCUGCCCAAUGCUGACGCGGUGCAACCACUGCAGACAAGUCAUCGAGGUCGCCUGCCUGACCAGGCAUCUUCUUGAGGUAUGCGAGGUUCGCAGGACCUACAGGAAGUGCCGAAGAUGUUUGGAAGCAAUAUCCGUCGAUGCGUAUGAAGAACACAUCACUUCCAGGCGUUGCGCUUUGGCUGAACCCGAAUCCAAAGGCAGCCGCUGCCCAUUUUGCCACCUAAACAUUCCGCCCUGGGAAGACGGCUGGAGGGCUCACCUGACAGGUCCAAGACCAUGCUCGGCGCAUCCGCGACUCAAACACCUGGUCCCUGGCCUUGUGGCAGGCUCCAAAAUCCCCAAGCCGAUGUUCAACCUGUCUGGUUCCUUGAGGCGAACAGGCAACACGCCCGUGAGCUCACCCAAAGGCACACCUAGAUCCAAGCGAAAGACCUUGCAUUGAAAUCCAUUCUUCCCGUACGUAAGCAGUUAAAAUAUCCAGGUUUUCGAUUCGUUUUUUUUUUUUGUAAUCGGAGCAUUAAGUGAGCAACACAGCAGCGUCAAAAUUUCAACAUUUUUUAGAAACUCUUUUACAGCUCUGAUUGCAAAAUUGUCUUGUUGUAUUUAUAAAAUAUACAAAGUGCAUUUUAGAUGCACUACCAACUAUUUAAUAUAAAAUUGCUCCAAUUAGACUCAAUGGAGUUGAUUUGAAUAUUUAGAUAAUCAUUCAAGACGGGAAAGAAUUGUGAGGUAAAACUGCAAAAGAAAUAUAAAAAUGGUUCGCCAUCAAAGCAGGAGACUGAGAUCGUGGAAUAAGAAAUUUGUUAGUCGAAAAAGAAUGUUCUGUUUUUGUUGUUUGACCUUACAGUUUUGGAAACGAGAAAGUAAUGUUGUCGUAUUUAUCUCAUUGAUCUAAUUCAUACCAAAUAUAUUUAGGUUUUCAAUAGAUUUGUAAAUCAUAUUCUCGCUAUUCAUUAAAGACAAACCUUGGUGCCAUCCAACCUGCGGCUUUU